AUGUCCAAGCAUAUGAAGAUGAAACCACAGUACAACUCAAAACCUUCACACCAGAAGAAGGUGAAAGAUUUCCUGAUGGAAAAACACCUCCGAGCUGUUCAUGUCAUGGAACCUGGUGUCAGAAAUAAUUAUGCUGAUCAUUUAGAUAAUUCUGUGACUCUGUACAAAUGCGGAGUAGAGCACUACAAAUUUUGCGGUAUGAAUGGGAUCUGCUACUACUACAGCAACGACUCUAACGGUCCAAUCAGAACGUGCCAAUGCAAUGGUGGCUUCUUUGGAGAUAACUGCGAAUUCACAUGGUACUAUGCCAAGCAUUUUGACCGCAGUGCCCAGUUAACUCUGCUGCUAUCCGUGGUCGGACUAAUAUUCGCUAUAACCAUACUUCUGGCUCUUCUCUUCGUAAUAUGGAGAGUCUGGAGAAUCAGGAAGUCCAGACUGGAGAAGCAGAAGCUGGUGGCCUGCAGCUUGGACGACGACAUCAACAACAUCAACAACGAACUCGACAAGUUAACUCACGAGGAGAAAUUAGUUACGACCACGAGAGCUGCCUUGGUGACCUUUCCAGGGCCAUCUAAGACCUUCAUGAAAACCGGAAGUGUUUCCGGAAACAGAUUCCAAACAGCGGCAAAAACAACUCGCCUAUCAUCAAUCAAGGAAAAACCCUACGGCCAAUCUUACAGGCGUUUUUCGGCCCCAACCCUCUUCGACCCUGCCCUUCCAGAGAGUCAAAAACUAGAAAAACUAGCCAGUGUCAUGGGUAGAAUGAGUCGUUUGGCAUCGAAGACUGGUGCUCGCGGUGACCAGCAUGGUGGUGAUGAUUGUAUGGUGUUUGUGAGUUUGUGA